GGACAUUUGAGGGGUUGGUAGGUCAACAAAAGCUUCUAUAUAUUCACUCCAACUUCAUUAAACUCCUCAGAGGACUUCAAAUAUUUUUGAACCCUCUAUCAUAUCCAAUAGCCAAAAACACAAAAACCAAACAUUCAAACUUUUCUCAGAAAGAGAAAAAAAAUACAUUUUCAAUGCCUUCUUCUAAUUGUUUUAUUUGUAUAAUUCUUUUGUUAAUUGCAUCAUUUGGACAUGCUCUUGGAUGCUAUGACUCGAUAAUUAGCUUUGGCGAUUCGUUAACCGAUACCGGAAACUUAAUUCGACUCUCAAAAUCCAAUAAUCAAGUUGCUUCUUCAGUGCUUCCUUAUGGUGAAACCUUCUUUCAUCAUCCUACUGGUCGGUUUUCCGAUGGCCGACUCGUUAUUGAUUUCAUUGCUGAGGGUAUGGGAUUCCCACUUAUUCCACCAUAUGCUGGUGUUAUGAAAAACAUGUCAAGUAGCAGAAAUUCCAUAAGAGGAGUGAAUUUUGCAGUAGCUGGAGCAACAGCUGUAGAUAUUUCAUUUUUAGAGAAAAGAGGAAUUAAGAACCCUGCCACCAAUGUCUCACUAGGAACUGAACUGGACUGGUUCAAACAAAUGUUGCCAUUUUUGUGCAAGUCUCCUGCAAGUUGCAGAGAAUUUCUUGGCAGCUCACUAGUUCUAAUGGGGGAAAUUGGAGGCAAUGAUUAUAAUCAUCCAUUUUCUCAAGGAAAAUCAGGAGAAGAAAUUCAGUCAUAUGUGCCUGCAGUUAUUUCAGCCAUUGGCCUAGCCAUUAAUGAACUAAUUGAACUCGGAGCACAAACAUUGAUAGUACCUGGAAAUCUACCAAUUGGAUGUUCAUCUUCUUAUCUAACUACUUUUAAAGACUCAAAUAAAAAUGACUAUGAUGCUUCAACUGGUUGCAUUAAUUGGUUAAAUGAUUUUGCUGAAUAUCAUAACCAACUACUUCAAGAAGAAAUUCAUCGACUUCGUGAGAUUCAUCCUCAUGCCAAUAUUAUCUAUGCUGAUUACUACAAUGCAGCCAUGCAAAUCUACAAAUCUCCUAAAAAUUUUGGUUUUACAAGCUCUAUUGUAGCAUGCUGUGGAGGAGGUGGUCCAUACAAUUACGACUCAAAUGCAAAAUGUGGCUCACCAUCAUCAAAUGUUUGUGAUAACCCAUCUUCGUAUGUUAGUUGGGAUGGUGUACACUUGACAGAGGCAGCAUACAAAAUAAUAGCUAAAGGAUUAUUACAAGGUCCAUACGCAAUUCCUCAAGUGAAUGGAAUUUGUUCAUUUGAUGGAUCUAGUAACAAGGGAUUAUCAGACCAAUAGUAUAUUAUAAGGGAUUGUAUAUAACUGUCCAAUAUUUUAGAGAUUAAUCUUGUAAAGAAUAUUGUACAGUUAUACUUGGGUGGGUCGAUCAGUUGUGUAAGCAACUUGGAAUUAUAAGAUACAAACACCAACUUUUAGCUUGCAUUUGAUGGAGAGUUAGAACCAUUACAAGUUUGAAAGUAAUCUUGUAAUUGUUCUUCAUAUGCAAAUGUAGCUUUCUUUUAUUAAGUUUACAAUUAUUUGAUUUAUUAGUCAAUGGGCAUGUUUGUUUUA